GGGGCAAGCUGCAGUCAGCUGGUGAACGCAGUGUGAAGGAGGCAGCGCAGCCAGUCAACAGCGUGUGUGAGAAAGGGAGCGGGUGAGUGUGUGUGAGUGUGUGUGCGCGCGUCACAGAGUGAGAGGGAGAGAGAGAGAGAGAGAGAGAGAGAGAGAGAGAGAGGAGAGGAGAAGAAAAGAGAGGAAAGGAAAGGUACUUGCCUGAAUAUACUACCACAUCAGGAAACAAACCUUUGACACACAAACACACACACCCACACACACACUCCUUCAUACAAAAAAAGCAUACACGCACACACAAACACACAACAGCAUUUGCUCUUCACUGAUCUGUUGGUGCGGAUUCAUACAUUCAGAAGGAGGAAGGAGCAGCUCUUCUGACAUCAGCUCACCCUUCUUUUCCAUACACAGAGUCUGCCAGAAGAGGCCGAGGAGCCCAAGAGCGAGUGAAGCAGCAGAAGAGGGACUGACGUCUGAAGCUCCAUGGCAACCAACAACACAGCCAGCAUCGCCCAGGCCCGCAAGCUGGUGGAACAGCUCAAGAUGGAGGCCAAUAUAGACAGGAUAAAGGUGUCCAAGGCGGCGGCCGACCUGAUGUCAUACUGUGAGGCCCACGCCAAAGAGGACCCGCUCCUGUCGCCUGUGCCCGCCUCCGAGAACCCCUUCAGGGAGAAGAAGUUCUUCUGUGCCAUCCUGUGAGCGGGCUAAGCAUCGGGCAUAAAGCGGGCACCCCUGCCCGCAGAUGCCAGAAAUGACUCGCGACACUUAGAACUCUUCUAGCAAGCGUGUGUGUGUGUAGAGUGUGUGUGGUGGUGAUGGUAGGUUGUGAUAGGGGGGAAUAUCCUCUAGUACUACCUAAAAUGGCUCAUAAGUUGGAUAACUCACACACACACGCACACACAUGAACACACUCUCACACAGUGAGGUGAUCAACAACAGUGUGUGUAGAGUUGAGAUGGGAAGGAGGUGAUGCAUGUUUUUUUGUAAACAAACAAACAACUUUUGUAAACAAACAAGGGAUAUUGUCCACCCUGAUCGCUGACUCAACAUUGACAGUCAGUGUAGAGGGUUUAAAAAGCGAAGAAACCUUAUUUUUGGAGGAUUGAACACAUGAGGGUGGAUAGUGGUGUCAAGCUCUUCUACUGGACCUAACUGUUUGUUAAGACAAUGUGAUAUAUUACAUUUUUUUUUAUUAUUUUAUUUUGUUUGAUAUUUCAGUGUUCCACUAUGGAUUUCCCCUUAUGAUAAAGUGGUGUGGCUACAUCAUUUAGAUAGCUUUCUAUCGAAUCUUUGACUUAAGUUGGCUUCUUUUUUUAAAACACUGGUAUACGACAAGCAGUCUCUUUUCAGGUUCCUUUCUAUGACCGCUGUUGAACUCCGUAUGCCUGGUGAUGCCUCCUCUUUCUACUCUGUAUGAAUGUGCUAGCAAGUUAACCGUGCUGUGAUGUGCUCUGCUGACCUCACUUCCUGUUUCUAUUAAAGAUGGAAACUGAUUUGA